UUGACAUUUUCAGAUGUUCUACAAGUCUGCGAUUAUCGCUUCCAAUGGAAAAUCCGAGGAUUAUUGAAGAAAGGUGGGUUUUUUUCUAAAGAAACACUGUUUCGGUUGAAAUUUUUGGAGUUUAUGUAAGAUUUCGCUGUGAAUCUCUGAAAAUUAGCUGGAAAAUUGUCAUGAGACCCAGAAAGCCUUCAGAAAUCUAUAGCAGAACUCAAAUGGUACAUGAAAAAUUCAAUUUUUCUGAUUUUCAGCUUGCAAUGUUGAUGGAAUGUCAAUUACGUGGAAAACUUGGAGAAUUGAGGAUUUAUCAAGGAUUUUGAUUGGGAUUCGAGAAAUAGAAGCGAUUGGUGAGUUUUUUGGGGAGGGAUUUCGGAAAAAUUGAAAAAAAUCGAUAAAAAAUCUGUAAAAUUUGAAAAUGAAUGGGGUUUAAAAGAAAGAAAGGAUCAGAGAGGCCAGAAAUUCAAAUCCAAAUUUCCCAGUAUUCCUCUGCGUCACUAACACCGUUUCGAGAGGGUCUCGCAACGACUGGUAG